UACCGUCCUUACAGUAUUUCAUUUCUACCGAUGCUCUAUUUCUUCAAUGCUGUUUAUAGGGUCCAUUACCAUAUAAUCCACGCAGUCUCAUCACCACCACCAUCACCAGCAGCAUGUGCUCAUAUUCGAGACACUCGUCCUCUGUUCCUCGCCCCAUUUAUCGGUUCGGUCCACGAUUCGGUCCUCGCCCGCUCCAUGCUCCCCACCCAGCCCGUCUCGUAGGCCAGAUUCGUUAGCCCAGGCCAGCUGCAGCCAGGCCAGCCCUUCCCCCCUCGCACACACAUCCGUAUGGUCAUGGUAAUCGUUGUAAUCCUGUGCCGAGUAGCGCAGCCUCCAAAUACCACCGUCGCCCAACAACAAGCCACCCUGCGCGGCACGCCAUUCAGGGGAAGAUUCCUUUGGCGGCAUCGCAGAAAAAGGAGGCAACAAGAGCUGCCAAGCUUUUUCAGACAUCUAGAAUGGAUCCGGUGUCAGCGGCGGGUCUGGCUCUUGGCGUUGCAUCGUUGGGCCUGCAAGUCUAUACCGGCUGUAUCCAAGGCAUUCAGCUGCUUGUAACCGCUCUCGGGUAUGAGGACGACUGUAAGCACCUCAAUCUGCGCCUGCGCCUGGAGCAGCAGCGCCUCUUUGCCUGGAGCGAGACGUCUGGCCUGCUGGAUGUGAAUACGGAGAACCAGGAGCGCAUACUAAACUCCAACGUCUUCAACCUGCACCGCCAGACAGUCUUGGACCUGCUAGUGCAGGUUCAGUGCCUGUUUGACGAAUUUAUUGCGUAUCAGGGCAAGCAUAGCAACCUGACUCCUGUUCGCGACGAUGGAGAGUUCCUGGUCUCUCCCGAGCUGGAUGCUAAGCAGGCCAGCUUCCCUAUAUCGGACAAGAAGCGACAGUUCAUCAAAAAGGCCAUGAUGAACCUCAAGCAAAAGUCACAGGAGGGCUUGAAGAGAUUCAAGUGGGUGUCCUUUGACAAGGAGGGGUUUGAGCAGUUGCUCGCCAAGUUUACACUCUUAAACGACACCAUGAUGAACAUUCUGGAUCACUCGCUGCAGGUUGAGAUCCGCCACACCGUGCAAGAUACAAACCGGGGAGUCUUGUUGCUUCACCACAAGAUUGCUGAUCUCAGCCAUCUUGUGCUGGCGCUCAAGGAUCAGCUAGAGAUUAGGAACCUUCCAGGUGCGCCAUCACGGACGCGACUAUCUAAUGUUGAGAGGGAAGCAAAUGUGGCUGAGCUGAAGCAACUUUCACGGUUGGCAAAAUUCAAGGCUUUCAACGAAACCAUUGACCCCAAGUCGGAUACUCCAGCUCUGAUAGAUGAUGCUGUGGCGGGCUUUCUCGAGCUGGUAAAGCCGGGAGAACAACGCCUUGUCCAGCUUCCCAAGUAUCUCAUAGAAUUAGACCCAAGCACGGAUGAAUCUGAGGAUCCGCGGUGCGAGGCAAUCUUGAAGACUGCCGAAGGAAAGAAGAAGGUGUGGAUUGAAUGGAAAGACUACGAUAACGCGGGUAACACAGGCUGCUUGUCCAAAGCAGAAAUUGUCGAUCGAGUGCGAAAGCUGGCUUGUCUACUUCACCACAGGCCCAAGCCAGAAGCCUUCCGGACGCCUCACUGCAUCGGUUUCUUCGACAAAGCAGAUCCUGACGUCCCAGAAGACGACGUCGACAUCUUGGACCGGCGAUUGGGUCUGAUAUUCGAACGGCCGGACAGCCAAGAUGUGCACGACACUCUGCCGCCGGUGUCUUUACGAGAAUUGCUCUUGGACACCACGGUACGCAAGCCCAGAGUCACCGACCGCAUCAAGCUUGCGCACGCCCUCAGCAACUGUCUGCUCUAUCUCCACGCGGUCAACUGGCUGCACAAGGGCCUCCGCAGCCACAACAUCUUGUUCUUCAAGACAAAGACCGGCCACGUCGACUACAGCCAAGUCUACCUCUCAGGCUUCGACUUCUCCCGCCCGGGCGGCUUAGAAGAAGUGACGGAAAUCCCCGGCUUCGACGCCGAGCACGACUUGUACCGCCACCCGAGAGCGCAGUCCAACCAAGGCAAGCUCCGCGAGCGAUCCAAGAAGAGCUUCGACAUCUACAGCCUGGGCGUCAUCUUCGUGGAGCUGGCGCACUGGAAGCCCGUGGAGGGGGUGCUCGGCAUUGAGAUGAGGCUUGCCAAGGGCCAGUCGGACGUGGUUCGGCAGGUGCGCAGCGAUCUGCUCGCCACUGAGCGGGUUGCUGAUCUGGGAGCCGAGAUGGGAGAGAAAUUUGAGGAGGCGGCGAGACGGUGCUUGCUGGGCGAGCGGGAGCUCGGGCUGGAGCCGGGUGACGAUGAGACGGCUGAUGAAGUGGCCGAGAGGCUCUCGGUGAGAUACUAUGACGAUGUGGUUAAGAAGCUAGCAGAGAUUGUGGUUUAGAAGAAGAUGAAGAAAAAAAAUACUAGUACAUGAGAAGCAAAACCAAAAAAAGAAAGAAUUGUGAUAUGUGGAAUAGGUGAACGAAAAGAUGUAAUUUCUUGAUAUUGUAAAAUGUUAUGGGUAUUUGCUCUAUUCUCCCUCAGGCUGAAUAGUUUGGGGGAUAUCACAUCAUUAAAAAUGGACCAAAACGGCGCCGAGCCGCGGCCAGAAAGGAACAGCUCCCGAGUUCUUUCUCAUGUCCCACACAUCAGUUUAUUAACCAUUCAUUUGAACCCUCCUCUCCCCCCUUUUGCGCUCCACCAAAUCGCGUUUCUCGAUUUCGAAUGGGCGCUUAGCAGCAGCAUUCGCAG